AUGGUACUAGGCCACGGACACAGGCGGCACUCGCUGCAAAGCAACCGCUCGUCCACAGACGAGACCAGAGGCGAUGAAGUCACAAAGGAGGACGAAACAGUGGUAGACGCGGACCAGGGCAACAUGCUCACCCACAUCAUAUCGCAGCUGCGGCCCGGCGCGGACCUAAGUCGAGUAACGCUGCCUACAUUCAUCUUGGAACCGAGGUCCAUGCUGGAGAGGAUAACCAACUUCAUGGCCCACCCCGAGACGCUUCUGCCCAUGACCCAGAUCGAGGACCCCAUCGAUCGAUUCGUAGCAGUGACCAAGUUCUACUUGAGCGGCUGGCACAUCAAACCUCCAGGCGUAAAGAAGCCGCUGAACCCGAUCCUUGGUGAGAUAUUCACAGGAUACUGGGACUAUGCCGACGGCACACGAGGUUACUACAUCUCAGAACAAACGUCGCACCACCCGCCCAAGUCCAGCUACUUUUUCAUGGCACCCGAACACCACAUCCGUAUAGAUGGCACGUUGAAGCCGAGGAGCAAGUUCCUGGGAAACUCGGCAGCUAGUAUGAUGGAAGGCAUCGCAGUGAUGCGGUUUUUGAAUACGGGCGAGAGAUUCUUCGUUACGCAGCCGAACAUGUAUGCGCGAGGCAUCCUUUUCGGCAAGAUGAAGUAUGAGCUUGGCGACCACAGCUACAUUCGGUGCCCAGAGACAGGCAUGGAAGCCGACAUUGAGUUCAAGACCAAGGGAUAUUUUGGUGGCACCUACAACGCGAUUGGCGGCUUCAUCAAGGAUAAGAGUGGCAAGCAGCUCUUUGAGCUCUCGGGCCUUUGGAACGAGGAGAUGUGGAUCAAGGACUUGACGACUGGCAAAAAACAGCUCCUUUUCGACGCAUCGUACGCCAAACCCUCGUACCCGAAAGCCCGACCACUCGAGGAGCAGGACGAGCGGGAAUCGCAAAAGCUAUGGCAUUUGGUAACUGAGGCCGUCAAGCAGAAGGACCAAGAUACAGCAACCACCGAAAAGGCACGAAUCGAGGAUCGGCAAAGAGAAGAGGCUGCGAAGCGGAUGAACGAGGGCGUGGACUGGCAUCCACAGCUAUUUCGCCGUGUACAAGGCGGCCACGGUGGAAGCGAGGAGGGCGAGGAGGAUCUCGACUGGAUCAUCAAUGCUAAAGUGGACGCCAAAACCCCUGAAGAGCAGGUGAAACAGAUUCUCGAUAUCGCAGCCAUUCUCCCUGGCCAAGCACCUCACCGUAAAUUUAGCAUUCCUGCUUUAUCUCGGGCCAAUACCAAUGACCCAGCUGCAGCAGGUAACCACAUCAUUCAGCCAAGCCACCCGGUCCAAGGCAACGCCAACCUAGCUGUCAGUAACUCAAAUCCCGACACUCAGCCAAAGCAAGAAACCUUCGGCGACCUCAUUGAUCUCAGCGACCCUACUCCUAACAAGGAUGCAGACGUGAUUGCGGCCAAACCUCGUCAAGCCCCACUCGACAAGGCGACCUCCCAGUUCGAGCACCUCCACUUGGGGAAGAAAUCUCAAGAGGAGUUUCCGGAAGAUCUGCCCCCUAGCAAACUGCUGAACUCUGUCAAGGGUGAGCCCGGACAGGGCCACGCGUUACGAAGGCUGGACUCGGAGACGGAGGAGGAGGAGCAAUUCCAUGAUGCGAUUUCGUAA